UUUUUUUUCACCCUUUUCCCCUCCCUGCAACCUCUGACCUAAUUGUCUCGGCAUCCAAACACCACCCACACCCUUCUGCCCUUCCCCCACCUCACCUUCCACGAUCUCCUCUCCCGCCCCGGCACUGCCCCUCCGAUCAACUAAAGAUCGCUACAAAUCUGUCUUCAGAUAAGGUCUCCAAAGAUGACACCGGCAAAAGUCGCAGGACAGUUCGGAGACACGACUUACACAAAGGUAUUUGUUGGUGGUCUAGCGUGGGAGACUCAGAAGGACACCAUGAGGAAGUAUUUUGAACAAUUUGGUGAAAUACUGGAGGCAGUGGUCAUCACCGACAAGAUUACUGGAAGAUCAAAAGGCUAUGGAUUUGUAACCUUUCGGGACCCAGAUGCGGCCAUGAGAGCCUGUGUUGAUGCCGCUCCUGUAAUUGAUGGAAGGAGGGCUAAUUGCAAUCUUGCUUCUUUGGGUGUUCAAAGAUCUAAGCCUUCUACCCCCAAGCAUGGAGGAGGAAGGAACAUAAGGGUGAUAGGCGGAGGCUUGCACCAGGGAGGAUUUCAGGCAGCUGCUGCAGCAGCAGCAGCAUUCGCUUCGGCAGCAGCCUUCCCUCAUUAUUCCAUUCAGCAAGGCAUACCUUACAAUCUUUAUGGGUAUCCUCCGUACUCCACUGAAUAUGCUUUCCCUGCGAGCUACUACGGUGUGUACGGAGGAGGGUGCGCACCGUAUCCAUUGUACGGGUGUGGAAGCAGCAGCAGUGGUGGUUACUUUUCUUACGUAAAUUUGAAUGAGGGGACAAACUCAACUGGGUACACUGGCAGCCAUCAGCAGCAGCAGCAGCAGCAGCAGGGCUAUGGUGUUCAGUAUCCCAACCAUGGCCUCUUCCACUAUUCUCCUAUUACCUCAGCUCCCAUUUACUCUCCGCAUUAUGCUGGUGCUGCUACCCCUCUCUCACUUGCUCCCUCAACACCACUCCAACCCGCAGUUUGCUUUGCUGUGACGCAGGCGUGACCAUGGCUCUGCAUACGCCAAUCACCCAACGUUGAGAGAGAAUACCAGUGGUGCGAAGUUGAUUGAUACGCACUCGCCGGCAUAUGUGCGUAUGGCCUUACCAUGGAGUUCAUCUUUCUAUUUCUCACUUUUCUGCAGGCCAUGCCUCUAGCAUUUGGCCGUACAUCCCAGGGCCCCCUCCCAAAAGGAGAGGACUACGCCGUCCAACCACAUAUACCUACACCUUAGAUGAUUCUCUCUGUACGAAUGGUUCCUACAAGAGAAUUGCAUUUGCAUGAGCAUCUCAAUCCCCGCUCAGGAAAAAGCUGGGACUAGUUGGCCUUGCUUUUUGUCUCCCUUCAGCCGAGGAAAGGCUGCUACUAAAAGCAAGAGGCUACAGAUGUCGCCUGGUCCUCCAAGGCCAUGAAAGAAUAGACAGUUCUUUCUUGUCAUGAUAUCAUUUCUACUUGCAUGGUAAAAUCACAUCGGUCUUCUCGGUGCAGCAAACAAGGAAAAACACAUUGGAUAUGCUAGUGGCUGAUAUCCUUUCGAUGGUAGAAGCUUUUAGCUAAUGGUAGUAGAUGAUUAGGGAAAAUCAGGACAGAGGAUGUACCUGAUGAACUUGGUCUCAGGAUUUUAGAAACUGCGACUGGGGUUUUUCUUUGUUUUUAUAUAUAUAUAUAUAUAUAUAUUCCAAAUGCCAAGUUUAAAAACUGGCAUUUGGGUGGAUCGCCUCUUCUUGGGAAAGGGGAGGUGAGACGUAGUUUUUAAAUGGUUUAUGUUUUAGUUCUUUCUUCGUUGAAUCAAGGUGGGGCAGAACUUUUGGAGUUGGUGCCCUAGCUAGAUAGCGGUUUGACAUAACAUAAGGGAACUCCUCGGUAUAGGUCUUUGAUCUCUCUCUCUCACUCCCUUUUAAUUUCAAUUAAGAAGUUCCAUCAAAUGGGUUGUGGAAUUCACGUGCACAGUAAGUAUACUUUGGAUUUGAUUUUAUUUGUCCUACUGGCUACUCUCCUUGUAACAGCCGUACAGACGUGCCAACCAUGGUUAGGGCUCAGGUGCUGGCUGGCCGUCAUCACCUUUGCUGCCAUCCAUGGCCCUCUGUCUCUCUCUCUCUCUCUCAUAACUGUUUUAUGCUCAAUGUAUGGGAACCCUAGGAAAUACUUGUUUUUUUAUUGGUCCUAUGGUUUGUAACUUUUUUAUCUUGCGAGGAAGCUUAUUUCGCUUUUAGUUGAUCAGAGCGGCUUCUUAACGGUGACUGCUUUGCUUCUUGUGAGUGAAUGAAUGUUACCUGGUGUCAAGAAUGCCUGCCUGCAGCUUCUCUGUC